CGCACCCAGAGAUGGAACGAAGAGAUCACAGCCCGAAUGAUCCAGCUCGUCGACAGCGAAACCAAUAAACUUCUCGACGAUGGCCAGCCCCGAACAAAAUGGGACAUUCUCCAAACUAUCGACCUCAAAACCCACCGUCUCGUCCAACUCUCCCCCGACGAACCCGGAAACCGUAACUUCAUCCCCGUCUGCAAAAUCGUCUCAAAGAAAGAAAGCUACGAAGCCGAGCUCCGUCGCAAGAAACAAGCCAAAGACCAAAAACGUGCAAACAAAAUCGUGAGUGAGGUUGGAGCUAAGACUUUGGAAUUGAAUUGGGCUAUUGAUCAGAAUCAUGAUUUGUUACAUCGGAUUGAGAAGAUGAAGGGUUUUUUGGCUGAGGGACGGAGGGUGGAGAUUGUGCUUGCGUCCAAAAAGGGCGGGAGGAAGGCUACGAAGGAGGAGUGUGAGGGUGUGCUGGGCAAGAUAAAGCAGGCUGCGGAGGGGGUUGAGGGGGUUAAGGUA